UUUUCGUAGCCAUAUUGAAAUUUACAUGCUACAAAAUUUCAAAAGGUUUUCUGCCAAAUCUCGACAAAUUGUGCAGAUUUUAUUUGUGUUUUGCCGUGGAAUUGAUCUACAAUGCCAAGAAUACUUAUUAAAGGAGGUGUUUGGAGAAACACAGAGGAUGAAAUUCUCAAAGCAGCUGUAAUGAAAUAUGGCUUGAAUCAGUGGUCACGAAUUGCUUCCUUGCUUCACAGAAAGUCAGCUAAACAGUGCAAGGCAAGAUGGUAUGAGUGGUUGGAUCCUAGUAUUAAAAAGACUGAAUGGAGUCGUGAGGAGGAUGAGAAACUUCUGCAUCUUGCUAAACUGAUGCCAACACAAUGGAGAACGAUUGCGCCACUUAUUGGUCGUACAGCAUCACAAUGCCUUGAGAGAUAUGAGUAUCUUCUCGAUCAGGCUCAAGCUAAGGAAGGCGAGGAAACUGGGGAUGAUCCACGGAAACUGAGACCUGGCGAGAUUGAUCCAAAUCCCGAAACCAAACCAGCCAGACCUGAUCCUAUUGAUAUGGAUGAGGAUGAACUUGAAAUGUUAUCAGAAGCCAGAGCUCGUUUAGCCAACACACAGGGCAAGAAAGCAAAAAGGAAAGCCAGAGAAAAACAGCUUGAGGAAGCUAGAAGAUUAGCAGCAUUACAGAAACGUAGAGAAUUAAGAGCUGCCGGCAUUGAAAUUAAGAAACAUAGAAAGAAGAGACGUGGUGUGGAUUAUAAUGCUGAAAUACCAUUUGAAAAGAAACCUGCUCCUGGCUUUUAUGAUACGGCUGAGGAAAAUAUUGCUCCAAUUGAACCCGACUUUAAGAAAUUGAGACAGGAUAACUUGGAUGGGAAAAUGAGAGAUCAGAAAGAAGCUGAGGAACGACGGAAGGACAAGGAAAAACUAAAGAAAAGAAAAGAAAGUGAUUUGCCAGGAGCUGUUAUGCAGAUCAACAAGUUAAAUAAUCCAGAUCACAUUAAAAAGAGAAGUAAACUUGUUCUUCCUAAACCUCAAGUUUCUGAUGCUGAACUGGAAGAGGUAGUUAAAAUGGGGUUUGCAAGCGAGACUGCUCGAGCCAGUGUGGAAGAUGGAAGCACAGCAUCUGAUGCUCUGCUUGCCGAAUAUUCUAUCACCCCGGGGAACCUCAAUCAACUAAGAACACCCAGAACUCCAGCAUCACAAGACACAGUCCUUCAGGAAGCUCAAAAUAUCUUAGCUCUUAACCAAGUGGACACUCCACUAAAAGGAGGAAUGAACACACCUCUUCUGGAGUCCAGUUUCGAGGGUGUUACACCCAAGAGAGCUGAUGUGAAAACACCCAACAUGAUGCUUGGAACACCAUUCAGAACGCCACAGGCGGAUGGACAAGGUCUCACACCACGUUUGAGUGGAACACCAGGACCUAAAGGGACAAUGACGCCAGGACGAGGGUCGGUUAGGGACAAACUAAGCAUUAAUCGAGAGGAUGCAUUGGUCGAUGAAUACGAGUCUGCACAUAUGGCAAGACAACAACAAGAAGAACAAAGAUCACGACUUAAAGAAAGCCUUUCCAAUCUUCCUGUUCCAUCAAAUGAUUUUGAGAUUGUUGUUCCUGAGGCUGCGCCAGAGGAACAAGAGAAAUCCAUGGACGAAGGUUUCGUCGAAGAUGCUUCUGACGUUGAUGCCAGAGCUUAUGCACUCAAAGUUUUAGAAGAGGAGAAAGAACGUAAAUUAUGGUCACAAGCUGUUCAACGCGACUUGCCACGUCCAUCAGAUGUCAACACAACCAUUCUACGUCCUGCAAAUAUAGAGCCACCUUUAACAGCACUGCAGAAGGCGGAAGAGUUGAUCAAGAGAGAGAUGAUCAUUAUGCUACGUAACGAUAUUGUAAAUCAUCCAACCAGCAGUCAGGUUGAACUUCUGAAACAGAAGAAAACACGCAACGCUGUCCAGGCCGUGAUCGCUGCAAAUCAGGCAGCUCUGGAGCGAGACCAACACGAGAAAUUCACUGAAGAAGAAAUGACAGAUGCUAAGAAAAUGCUGGCGAAAGAAAUGGAUUUUGUUAAACAAAGGAUUGGCCAUGGUGACCUUCCCAUAGAGUCUUAUUCAAAAGUAUGGGAUGAAUGCUAUGCACAGGUCAUGUUUUUACCGUCGCAAAAGCGAUAUACAAGAGCUGCAUUGGCUAGCAAAAAAGACAGAUUGGAAUCCCUGGAAAAACGUCUUGAGCUCAAUCGCGGUCAAAUGGCUCAAGAUGCUAAAAAGGCUUCAAGAAUUGAAAAGAAGUUGAAAGUUCUGUUAGGAGGAUAUCAGUCACGCGCUGUUGGAUUAGUCAAGCAAUUAUCAGAUAUUCAUGAGCAAGUUGAGCAAGCUUACGUCGAGAAACGAACCUUUGAAGAACUGAAAAAUCAGGAGACGCAAUCAAUUCCAAAGCGUUUACAGGCUCUGGAAGAAGACGUUGAAAGGCAAUCGGAACGUGAACGAGAGCUUCAACGACGCUUUGGCGAACUUUUGGUCGAACGUGACAACCUAAAGCAUUCAACGAUGUCAUAGCAACGAGGCAAUGACGUGUGUACAUAGAUCAGUCGACUCCACACAUCCCCCCCCCUGGGCUUCAGGCCAUAGGAUUAAUUAACUCAUUAUGACCCAGUGACACCUUUAGUAGGUCGUACCAUGAGUUAUUACCACUAGUCAUUACCACUAAAUCACUAGUUAUUAUC